ACCAACACUAACAGCCACAGCACAGUCGCGAAUUGACAACAAAAUUACGAGAUAAACAAACCGAAUUUGCUGUCCGAAAUGAGCGCAUCGACCAGCACAUCGGCGGCGGCAUCCCAAGAUGCCUGUUACAUAUCGCUACUUGGCUUGGCGGAGUAUUUUCGCACCUCGCAACCGCCGAACAUCAAGAAAUGCAUUCAAUGCCUUCAAGCGCUCUUUACAUUUAUGCCGCCCUCGAAAGUUGAAGCGCGAACGCAUUUGCAAAUGGGCCAAAUCCUGAUGGCGUACACGAAGAACAUCGAUCUGGCGCGCCAGCACCUGGAGAAGGCGUGGAGUAUAUCAGAGCCACUGGCCAACUUCGACGUCAAGUUCGACACAGCAUCGCUGCUAGCUCAACUGCAUCUGCAAACAGACAUGAACUCGCACCAGGCAAAGGCGAUGCUGAGGCGCGCCGUGGAACUGUCGCAGCACAACGUAUACUGGCACUGCAAGCUGCUGCUCCAACUGGCCCAGAUCCAUGCUAGCGAUCGCGAGUACUCGCUGGCCUCCGACCUGCUAGCCGUGGGCGCCGAGAGUGCCGACGAGGCGAGCGCCACGUACCUGAAAGUGCUGUUCCUGCUCUCGCGCGCCAUGAUCCUUAUGAUCGAGCGCAAAACGAACGAUGUGCUUGCCCUACUCAACUCCGCCGGCCAGAUUAUCGACAACAACAUACCCAACCCACAUCAGAAGGAGUACCUCAAGGUUUUCUUCCUCGUCCUGCAGGUGUGCUACUAUCUGGCCUUGGGCCAGGUAAAGACUGUGAAGCCCAGUCUGAAGCAACUACAAAUGUCCAUUCAAACAAUAAUGGCGCCAAAUUGGCCCUCGGACGAGGCGAUUUUCGGGGCAAAUCAGCUGGAGAUGUUCGUCUGGCUGCCCAAGGAGCAGCUCUAUGUCCUCGUGUACCUAGUGACCGUUUCACACUCUAUGAUGGCGGGUUACAUGGACAAGGCUCAAAAGUAUACUGAAAAGGCGCUCACCCAGAUCGAAAAACUCAAGCAGCAGGAGGACAAGCCGAUUCUCUCCGUUUUCAAGGUGAUCCUGCUUGAGCACAUUGUAAUGUGUCGCAUGGUGAUGGGCAACCGGGAACUGGCCAUUCGGGAAAUAGCCGCUGCGAGGGACGUUUGCAUCGCGGCUCCGCAACGCAGCCUCCUGCGCCGUCACUCGGCCCAGCUCCACUGUCUUAUUGGCCUGUACGCCAUGUCCACCAGCUUCUUCGAGCAUGCCGAGCGCCAAUUUCUCGUCUGCGUGAGCGAGACCACCGAGCGGGAUCUGAAGCUUUUCGCCAACCUCAACCUAGCAAUCAUCUUUCUACGCACCAAGCGGGAAGCAGACCUCAAGCAGAUUCUGGACGCAGUGUCAACGGAAAACACGCACACGUAUAGCAGUCAAGCGCUAAUGGGAGGUUUCUACUACGUCCAGGGCCUACACGCUUUCCAUAAAAACAGCUUUCACGAAGCCAAACGCUUUCUGCGCGAAACCCUUAAAAUGGCCAAUGCUGAGGACCUUAACCGACUGACCAGCUGCUCGCUGGUUUUACUCUCUCACGUUUUUCUUAGCAUUGGAAACUCAAAGGAAAGCAUGAACAUGGUGACGCCGGCCAUGCAAUUGGCCAGUAAGAUACCGGACAUCCAUGUUCAGCUGUGGGGAUCGGCAAUACUCAAGGACCUGCAUCGCAUGUCCAAGGAUGUGCAGCACGAGAAAGAUGCUUAUGCCAACCACGUGAAAUACUCAGAGAACCUGAUCGCUGACCAGCGCAAGUGUGUUCAAAGUGCGCACCACGAGUUGGUCAACUGGUUCCAGGGCGAUCCACCCGUGACAAGUGGUCCGCCUGCCGCCGCCGUCCUGCUCCUGCCCGAGUCCUCCGUCGCAGCCUCAGUCGCCGUCAUCGCCUCUACGUCGGCGGGCAUGCAACCGGCGGCGCAGUACGGCCAGUUCUACUAGUAAUGAGAAGAUGAUGCAAUGUACCAUUAAGCUUUUAUUUUUAUCUACGACCUAGCGACUAAGUUAAGACUAAAGAUGUUCUAAAGUUGUGAAUUUUGUCAUAAACUGUGUUCCCAAGGGGAAGUGUAGACGGAAAUGUGAA